AUGGAUAAAUAUGAUCACAUCGUCAAUGAUUUCUACCCUUAAAAUCCUCAGAAGGUAUUCUAUCCUAUCGAUCGACAUGGUGUCGUUGAUGAGUGGGAUGCUUUAGUCAAAAAUCAAACUUAUCUAGAAGAGUAGCAUGCCAAAAAAAGAGCAGAGGAAUAAAAAUAAAAGAAACUUCAAUACAAACAUGAUCUUGAAAUGAUGAAAAAAAUGAAAGAAGAUGAAAAAUAAAGAGAAAAAGAUAAACUCAGAGCUGAACGAGAAGAAUUGAAAUAUCUAGAUAAAGAGUUGGAGGAAUAUAACAAAAUGAGAAAAUCCAUGGAUAGACAACUUAAAAAUUAAACUGCAAUUGAUUUACUCAAUCAGGUUGGAAGAGAUAAAAGUACUGAAGAUAACAUCAGAUAAAGAGAUCAAAAUGAGAUGAAUGAUAGAAUUAACUAAUUUAAACUAGGAGAGCAAAAUGCUAAAAUAAAAGAUUUGGAAAAAAAGGCUAAUUAAGCUAAGGAAAUGAGAGAUUUUUAUGCUUACAAACAGUUUUAAAAAGACCUUGAGAGAGAAAAGGCCCUUUAGGAUAAAAUGGACUAUAACAAAAUGCUCUAGGAUGAGAAUCGUAAGAAAGAAGAAAAGGAACGCUAAUGGAGAAAAUUUUAUGAGGAUUUUGCUCAUUAAUAGCAAGGCAAGAUUAAUGAUUAUACUUAGAAUGUUAUUGCUCCUCAUAAUGAGAAAGAGAGAAUGCUUGAGAUGAAGAGAUUAUAAGAUAGAGAAUAAAUAGCUGCUAAAGCGCAAGGUGAGAUGAUGGGUUAAAUGGGCAAAAAGGCUAUGAGCUAGGCAGAGAUAGAUGAUUUCAAUAGACGAUAAUUAGAGAUGAAAAAUAGAAGAGAGCAGGAAGAGAAGUAAAAGAAUUUGUAGUAUGCAAAUCAAAGAGGUCAGGAGAUUUCAAUAAUGGAUAACUUGACUGAUCAGUAGAAACAAGAACUAAUAAACUAAAAGAGACUAUAUGGCUAGACUCUACUAUAUCAGCAAUAAAUUCAAGAUUAAUUAAGAAGAAACUAUGGUAAGAUGACUAUGCAUGAAAAGCAGCUCAAUAAAGUUGACUUAAGAGCCUAUAAAAAUCUAGAAGGGCAGGUCUAUGCAGCUGUGCCAGGUAUACAUCACUUUGAUACUGUAGGCUCUCAACCACUUGCACACAAAGGUGCUCCUCAAAUGGAUUUGGAGUCAGCUGCCGCAGGUAGAACUUAGCGUUAGGAUUUUAAUAACACUCUAAGAGAUCAAAAUAUGACAUAUAAAAGAAAGCAAAUGGAACUGGAGAUGAAGCAAUCUCAUGGAUAAUUAUCACCAAAUGGUAUCUUUACUUUUCAAUCAAAUUAUAUAGCAUUUCAAACAAUUGGAGGUUAGCCUAUGACAUCAUAAAGUGUUGACUUUAAAAAUCAACCAGCUGGAAUGAGUAGGUAUAGAUCAUAAACAACAUUAGGAGAUGCUGCUAAUGUCUUUGAAAUUACUCAUAAAAAUCCUAUAUGGAACCCACUACCAAACUAUCAUUAAAGAGUUUUUAAUCCUAUUUCAUACAAUAAUAAUACUAUGGUACCCUCAACAACAAAAAGUGUGUUACAAACAAUGGCACAAAAUAAUAUAUUCAAUUGA